AAGCCAGACCCCCAUUGCCAGCCUCCUCAAUGAACAUCACCCUACUUCUGACGUAGAAAUGCGCCUGAUUCGCAACUUUCACGUCCAGCAAACGAUCUCCGACGAUAUUAGGGUUCUCUGCAUCCAACCAAGUGAUAUCCUCAAAUACACCAGCUACCCAACCGCCUCAGGUGGUAUUGGAGAUGUUUACAAGUGUAUAUGGAACCGUGGUGCGAGUUCGGAUGAUGUGGCGGUUAAAGCCUCACAAUUCCCAAAUCUGAGUGAUCAUGAAUGUGUCAGAAUCAACAAGGAGCUUGACCGUGAGAUCUAUAUAUGGACCCCGUUGAAGCAUCAAUAUGUAUUGCCCCUACAUGGCAUUGUCGAGCAAUUCGGCUCAUUUCGAGCAUUAGUUUCCCCCUGGAUGCCGAACGGGACUUUGAACUCUUACCUUAAUACGCAUGAAACCCUCUCGAUGAUGGAUAGGCUUCGCCUCCUUAAACAAAUCGCCGAGGGGCUCCAAUAUCUCCACGACAAAGACGUGAUACACAGUGACCUCACCAACAAUAAUAUUCUGGUUGCUGCCGACGGUUCCCCUCGUCUUGCAGAUUUCGCCAUCUCGAAUAUCAUGGUGCAAUCCAAACCUGCCUUUGAAUACCACACCGGUGCACUACGUUGGGUCGCUCCAGAGCUCCUCGAUCCCCCGGAAGAUCAACCCAUACUAUGCACAACCAAAUCUACCGACAUAUAUUCUCUCGGCGGUAUCAUGCUUCAGGUCCUAUAUGGGAAACAGCCUUACUGGUGGUUGAAGAGCGCCAUACACGUUAUUUCUGCUAAGUUUAGACACGUAGAGCCCAUCGACUCCUCCAUCGAGAUCCAACCCAAUCACCUGGAUUUCAUGCGGCGGUGUUGGUCAAUGGAGAGCGAGUUAGACCUUGUUAUGCGGUGUAAUGGGCACGGACUGCAAGGGAAACCAAGGCCAAACCUCUAUAGCGGGAGGCUGCGGCUCUAUCUGUCGAGGACCGACUACGACAAGCCGCAGGACUACCGACUACGAGCCAGGACUCCUGCUACUGCGCCAGAACCCCUGGCACUCCCUGUGACCUGCGCCAGAUCUCCCCACUACAGCGGGAAUCCUCAGCAUACAUGCGUUGAGGUUUGCCACCCCGGUGAGGGAGUCACGAUAGCCUGA